AUGUUCCACAAGGCAGUCUUGGCCGAGACACAAUUAAAGAGGAGAAGCUCCACUCGAUUCAAUUCAGAGCCGCGCCGACCAACCUUUACUCGCGACUCUAAACCUUUCGCGCCCAAGUCAGAAAUGAAACCUCUGGCUACUAAUCAAGACAGGAGCCGGACUGAGCGCACUCCACCAGCCAGAACCCGUGAUCUCAAGUGCUUUAGGUGUCAAGGGUUUGGGCAUUAUGCCUCUGACUGCUUGAACAAGAAAGUGAUGAUCAUCCGCGACAAUGGAGAGAUUGAGUCCGAGGAGGAUCCAGAGCCGGAGAAACCAGAGAAAGAAGAAGAGCCUGAGGAGUAUGAAGCCGUGCCUGUCCAAGGCAGACUUUUGGUGGCCAGACGUGUCUUGAGUACUCAAGUCAGACUGAUCAAGGAUGAGCAGCGCGAGAACCUCUUUCACACUCGGCGUGUGAUCCAUGAUGGAUUCACAAACCGCUAUACUCUUCUUCAUGAGGGCCGUAAAACCACUUUGAUUCCUUUGAGUCCACAAGAAGUUUAUGAAGAUCAGUUACAACUCGCUGGAAAGGAAGUUAAGCCACCUAAGUCUCCUAAGCCAAAGAACUUCCUGGUGAAGCCAAAACAGGUUAAACGUUCCUUGAACUUAAACAAACCUUUUCUUUUAUUUAUAUAUAAGGAACAUUUGAUUGGCUUGACUCAUACUCCACCGGAGAUUCCGAGUGAACUAGCUCAACUUUUGCAGGACUUUAGUGAUGUCUUUCCUGAGGAUAGUCCACCAGGCUUACCUCCUGUCCGAGGUAUUGAGCACCAGAUUGAUUUUGUCCCCGGCUCCACUUUACCAAACAGGCCGGCUUACAGAACCAAUCCGGUUGAGACCAAGGAGCUUCAGCGCCAAGUGGAUGAACUCAUGGAGAAAGGCCACAUUAGAGAGAGCAUGAGCCCUGUGCUGUUCCUGUUCUUCUUGUUCCUAAGAAGGAUGGAAGCUGGAGAAUGUGUGUCGACUGCCGCGCCAUCAAUAACAUCACUGUAA